AUCUAAUCUUCCCGUACGUCUUUAAAACUCUUACGAGGCAAAACACGUCUAGAGUUAAAAAUGACUUUCCUAACAAUUGUUCUGUGUUUACUUCCCUUGACUUUUGGUGUCUCUAAGACGUUUGACUUGACGGUUUUGCACAUAAAUGACUUCCAUGCCAGAUUUGAGGAAACGAACGAUGAAGGAGGUUCUUGCAAAAGUGAUCAAUGUAUCGGCGGAUUUUCUCGAACGUUUAAUGUAAUAAAUCAGUCUUUGACUCAACAUCCUGAUUCAAUUUUACUAAACGCGGGAGAUAAUUUUCAAGGAACGCUGUGGUAUAAUUUCUUCAAAUGGAACGUGACACAAUAUUUCCUCAACGAAUUGCCGUUUGAUGCAAUUGUGUUGGGUAACCACGAGUUUGAUGAUGGUAUUAAGGGAGUUGUCCCAUUCAUCAAAAGCUUAAAAGCUCCAGUCAUUGCAUCAAACAUUGACGAUAGCCAAGAACCAGACUUACAAAAUAUUUACCAAAAAAGCGUGGUCGUUGAAAGAAACGGUAAAAAAAUUGGGAUUAUUGGCGUAUUGAUUCACACAUGUAAUGAAAUCUCAAACACUGAAAAACUGAGCUUUCUAGACGAGUCUGAAUCAGUUAAUACCGAAGCUGAACGAUUAGUUAAGGAAGAGGGAGUUUUCACUAACAUAGUUUUGUCUCAUUCGGGUUACGACAUUGAACAAGAAAUUGCAAGAAAAGCAACUAAGGCGUCUAAAAUAAGUUUGGUUGUUGGCGGACAUUCGCACACAUUUUUAUACACAGGAGAACCUGUUCCUGGCCCUGCGACUCCGUCAGGACCGUACCCAACAAUUAUAAAUCGAACUGAAGACGACAGACAAGUUCUAGUAGUCCAAGCUUCUUGUUAUGCCAGAUAUCUUGGAAAUAUAACGGUAAGUUACGACGAAAAUGGGAAUUGUGUCGGUUGGAGUGGAGAACCAAUAUUUCUAGAUACGGACACACCUCAAGACAAGAUAAUUAACAAAGAACUACAACCUUGGAAAGAUGCAGUUGAUGAAUUAGGUAAUAGAGUUCUUGGACAAACUUUGGUAACACUAGACAAGACAAUGUGUUAUCAAUCCGAAUGUUUGCUUGGUAAUUUUGUGACCGACGUGAUGGUUUAUAGUUACAUAGCAUUGGCUGACAACACGUCUUAUUGGACUUAUGCCUCUUUGGCCGUUUUCAACGUUGGAGGUUUGAGAACUACGAUAGAACGUGGAGAUAUAACUUACAGCGACAUGAUGACAGCCCAACCGUUCGAAAACACGUUCGAUGUUGGCGAAAUUGAAGGAAAAUAUAUCAAAGAAAUGUUUGAGUUCAGUAUGACUCCAUACAGCUACGGACGAACUUACGCAGACGUAAACUUAUUACAAAUUUCAGGUUUUCACAUUGUUGCAAAUUUAUCACAACCGAUCGGCUCCCGGAUUCAAUCAAUCAAAGCUCGUUGCAACGAAUGCAACAUCCCGAUUUACGAAGACUUGGAUUUGAAUAAAACUUACCGCUUAAUUGUGCCAGUUUUUCUGAGAAAUGGUGGAGACGGUUUCACCGUUAUUCGAGACAAUUUGAAAAAUGUUAAAGUCGGAAGAGUGGACAUUGAUGUUUUUGUUGAGUAUUUAGGGGCGAAAUCGCCAGUUUUUGAGGAAAUUGAUGGGAGAAUCGAGUUCGUUGGAGACGUGACGAUUAAUUGCAGAAAUUUGGAUUCCGGGAUUCUGAUUCGCUCAAAUUAUCGUUUAGUUUGUUUGAAGUGUUGUGUUGUUAAUUACUCAAUAAAAUUCGCAAUGCAAACGUUUUUGCCAAUUGUUUUAUUUUUGAAAAUUGUUCUUUGUGCACAAUUUAAUUUAACUAUAAUUCAUUUCAAUGAUUUUCACGCCAGGUACGAACCCGUUGAUAAUUUAUCAACAACUUGUGAAGGCGAUAAUUGUAUUGGCGGUUUCUCAAGACUGUAUUCAAAAAUCACACAAUUAAAAAACGAAACACCAAACUCACUUUUAUUAAAUGCUGGAGAUAAUUUUCAGGGGACUUUAUGGUACAUUGUGCACAAAUGGAAUGUCACUCAACACUUUUUAAAUAAACUACCGUUUGAUGCAAUUACUCUUGGAAAUCACGAAUUUGACGACGGUAUUGCCGGUUUAGUGCCCUAUUUAAACCACAUUAAAGCACCAGUUAUUGUGAGCAAUAUUGACGAUAGUAAGGAACCCCGAUUUCAAAAUUUGACCAGGAAGAGCGUAAUCGUUGAAAAAGGCGGCAAAAAGAUCGGAAUUAUUGGAGUCCUCACCACUUCGACUAAAUUGACUUCUCGCACCGAAAAUUUGACCUUUCAAAAUGAAUUAGAAUCGGUGAAUUCUGAAGCUAAAAAAUUGCAAGAACUUGGUGUUUUCACUAUUAUUGUUCUCUCUCAUUGUGGUUACGAGGCCGAUUUGGAAAUUGCACAAAAGUCCAAUUUCAAAAUAAGUGUGAUAGUUGGGGGCCACACUGACACUUUUCUUUAUAGCGGAAGUCCAGUCCCCGGUCCAGACAAACCUUCUGGACCUUACCCUACUCCUGUUUUAAACAUAAAUGGUGGUACAGUUCUAGUUGUGCAAGCAUCUGCUUACACUAAAUAUCUUGGUGAUCUUAAAGUAAUUUAUGAUGAGCUUGGUAAUUUAACAGGAUGGGGCGGAAAUCCUGUGUUUUUGGGGCCAGAAACACCGUCAGAUGGGGAAAUUGAUGCAGAACUGGAAGUUUGGAAGAAGGAUGUGGACUUAGAAGGUGGGAAAAUUGUGGGAAACUCUAAACUUGCGAUGAGAAAUAAGCCGUGUAGGUCUGAAGAAUGUCCCCUUGGAAAUUUUGCAACAGAUGCAAUGGUUGAAAACAACAACACAUGCAACCUUGCUAUGAUACAUGCCGGAGGAAUGAGGGCCGGAAUUGAAACAGGAAAUAUUACGUUCAAUCAAUUGAUAUCAACGUUUCCGUUUCAAGACACUAUCAACCUAUGUGAAAUAAAAGGGGAACAUUUGGUCAAAAUUUUGGAAAGUUGUGUGGAUGAUAAUCACUUGAAAUGGCCCCAUUUAUUCCAAGUAUCUGGUUUUAAAAUCGUAUUCAAUGUCAGUAAUCCUGAAGGUGGCAGAGUUCAAUCGGUAAAAACCAGUUGCAGAGAAUGUGCCGACCCUAUUUACGAAAAUCUUGUUUUGGAGAAAUAUUAUCGAGUUUUCUUGCCAACUUUCCUAACUGAUACCGAUUUCAAUCCACUUUUUAAGAAAUACAUAAGAAAUAAAAUAAUUGGUGAUCGGGACUCAGACGUUUAUGUGAGAUACUUGGGAAAACAUUCUCCAUUAUGGGCAAGAGUUGAGGAUAGGAUUAAAAUUGUGUCGUAGAAGUUGUUAAUUUUUUAUUUGUAAAAAUUAAAAAUCAAUAAAUAAAACUUAACAGUUAA